AGCCAGAGUCAGACAGACAGACAGAGACAGACAGAGACAGACAGACAGGCAGAGAGUCCGUGAACAACUUUUAAUGUAUGCGGGCCGAGCCGGGGCUCAGUGUGUCGGGUUGGGACGCACUGUUUUCUCCUCCUUUUAUUCACCCUCCUCCUGCUCGACUUAGCUCAACUACGGCUCGCUGUUUCCUCACCGGCUCGGUAGAUAAUCUGCUUUUUUUGGCACAAAAAGGCGGUUUGUGUGUCCGUUUGUUUUAUGUGUCCAGCUUCUCCCGCAGCGACUCCAACACAUAACCCGGCCUUGACUGAGUGAUUGAGUGGGUGACUGCAUGGACCGGACUGAACAUGAAGAGCCUUAAAGCGAAGUUUAGAAAAACUGAUGUCAAUGAGUGGAACAAAAAUGACGAGCGCCUGCUUGCUGCAGUGGAGCACGGCGAGGUGGAGAAGUUGGCGUCGCUUCUCGCCAAGAAAGGUGCCAGUGCUAUAAAGCUGGACAGCGAGGGCAAAUCAGCUCUUCAUGUGGCAGCUGCACGUGGACAGACAGACUGCCUAUCUGUCAUCCUGGCCCAUGGAGCUGACCUGUCAAUCACUGAUGCUGCAGGUUUCAAUCCGUUACACCUGGCUGCCAAAAGCAAUCACAUCGAGUGCUGCAAAAAGCUCAUUCAGAGUAAAUGUCCUAUCGAUGCUGUAGACAGCUCAGGAAAAGCUGCUCUGCAUCACGCUGCUGCCAGCGGGAACAUCCAGAUCGUCCAACUGCUGUGUGAACUCAAAAGUCCCAUCAACCUGAAAGAUGCAGACGGGCUCACCCCUUUGCUGUUGUCAGCCAAACACGGUCAUGCUGAGGUGUGCAGCACUUUGCUGGACUGCGGUGCUGAAAUCAACACUUCUGACAACAGUGGCAGGACAGCCGUGAUGCUGGCAAGCGAGUCCGACGCCGUUUCUGUUGUUGAAGUCUUGGUUCAGCGAGGAGCAGAUCUGUCAGCAGUAGAUUCACAAGGCCAUGAUGUCGUACACUACACCAAGCUGUUGGGCAACUCCGAGGUCAAAAGUGCCCUCACUGCUGCCCUGAACAGACAACAUGUCUCUGAUACAAAGUCUUCUAGAAGUCCUCAGCAUGAUCAAGUAGCUAAACUAAGUGAUGAACGGAUCACAACUCCCAAAAAACGAAAAGCACCUCCACCUCCUAUUAGCCCACUGCAGAGCUCUGGACCCUCUUCUCCUUCAGUCCUCAUCUCCGCUGGGACCCCUGGAUCCAACAAAAGUGACACUCCCAAAAGAUUCACCUACAAGGAGGAUGAGGUUAAAGGAGCAACACUGAGAGACGAGGUUGAGAAGCUCCAUGAGGAGAGAAACAUGUUGCUGGAGACAAUCGAAGACCUGAAGCAGUCGGUGGAGCAGACGGUGACUGGUCCCGAACUGGAUACAAAGGUCGAGCACAGUUUUACAGCAUCUGCAGCUCUGGUUUCUGCUCUGCAAACCAAGAUUACUGCUCUUACUUUGGAGAAUCAGCAACUUGUAGGCAAACUCAAGAAACAUCCGUCCUGCCAAGGAAGCGAAGACCCGAAGGACACCAGUCGUCCAAACAGCAUGGCCUCAAACUCCUCCUUCCACUCCACCCAAGACGAGUUUGAGUCACUGCCACAAGUGGAAAGAGAAGACGGUUCAGUCGGUGUUUCUGUCAGACGAGAGGAAGAAGAGAGUGAAGGAGGGAGAGUUGGGAGCAAAGAGGAGAUGAGACUGUUGAGACAGGCGCUAGACAGCGUUCAAGUGAAACUGCUAGAAACCAGGAAGGAAAACCGCUCGCUUCAUGCCCAGCUGAAACCUGAGCGGGGCAGAGAAAGAGAGGAGGAUGAAACGGUGAGGGAGAAAGGAAGAGAGGAAGAGUUGAUGGAGAGUCUCGCGGAGCUUCAGGCGAAGCUGACGGACACUCAGGAGAGAUACCACCAAGCUGUGGAGGAGGUGGAAGAGCUGAGGGUGCAGAUGGGAAGGGGAGGAGGUGAGCCGACGGAGAAACAGGAGGUCCAGAGACGUUCAUCAUCCACACUUGAACAUGAAGUAAAACAGCUGAGGGCCCUGCUCGUCCAAUCGGGAUCUGAACAAGAGAAAGCAGCUCAACGAAUCAGACAGCUGGAGGAGGCGCUGAGGAGGGUGGAGGAGGAAAGACGGAGUGUAAAGGAGAAAGAGCAGAGGACUGCACGGACUGAGGAGCUGUACAAGGAGGCACAAGAGGAGAUCAAGAUGCUCCAGGAGGCUCUGAGGGGCACAGUGCCAGUUGAAGCUGCAGCCAAAGACUUUGAAGAAAUGAAGGCUGAGCUCAACGAGGUAAUUGCCGGGCUGCAGCGCCGCUUGCUGGAACUGUCACACUCCUACAGUGACACCAAGAGUCAGCUAAGUACCGCACAGAAACAGCUGGCUGAGAGCAGCGCAGCCUCAUCUCCCUCCUCAGAACAACAGCAGCAACAGGUGCUGAACAGCAAGGUGGAGGAGCUGCAGACGUUGCUAGCUGAGACGGAGAAGAAGCACUCGGCCGCCCAAGAGGAGAUUUCACUUCUGAGGCAGGAGGCAGAAGCUCAGGCACAGAGCUCUGUGGCCCUCGCCGACCACACACAAGUGAUGUCAUCUCUGGGAAAUGCCAUCAAAGAGUUGGAAAGCCAGUCGGAGGCCCUGAAAGAGCAGCUACGCCAGAAAAUCUUGCAGGUGGAGGCUCUCCAGAACAGGCAGACAGCAGAGAAAGAUGUCACCCCAGAUGAUUCAGUUUCCCGCGCUGAGCACGAGACUACGCAAAAGCAACUGGAGGGCGAGGUGAACCACCUGACGCAGCUCCUCCAGGGGGCCCUCAGGAAGCAGGACGAGAUGGCUCUGGAGGCUGCUGAUGCAUGGCAGAAGGCGCGAGACAACGGUGCAGAGCGGGAGGCUGUGCAGGAGCUGCUGAUGUCGAGGGAGAAGGAGAACCAGACGCUGAGCAGCAGGCUGGCUGAGGCCCAGGAUGCAGUGUGUCAGCUCAAACAGCUGGUGGAGAACCACGUCGCCUCAGAGAGAGAGAAGAACAAGAGGAUAGAUGACCUGUCACGGGAGGUGGGGAAGCUGAAGGAUGCCUUAAACAGCCUAUCACAGCUCUCCUACAGCGCUGGGUCUCCCUCCAAGAGACUGCAGCAAAACCAGCAGCUGAACCAGCAGCUGGAGACACUGCAGCAACAAAUCAAACAACUACAGUACCAGCUAGCUGAGUCAAAGAAGCAGCACAAUGAGAUAGUGUCAGUCUACAGGAUGCACCUCCUCUAUGCUGUCCAGGGUCAGAUGGACGAGGACGUCCAGAAAGCCUUGAAGCAGAUCCUGAUGAUGUGCAAGGUGCCAAGCCAAGCCAAGGAGGCCUGCUAAGAUACACUGGGUGUGGUUUCCCAAAAGCAUGUUGUGAACGAAAGUGAAGUGACUUGCUGCCGUCGGCGCCUCCCGUCCGAAUUCACACGUCGCUUGUGCUGAUUACAAGCAAGGCCAACACACAUGGUGCCUCUGGAUAAACCUUAUUACUGAGGAAUAGGUUUACAAUCAUGCUCAUUGCCUUUGCUAACGUAAUCGAUCUUAUGAUAUAAGAUGUUUUUGGGAAAGCCCAGCCCAGCAUACAGAUAAUGCACAUCAGCCAACUGACAAGAACCAAGUGGUUCCAGCCAAACUUUGUAUGUGCAUGUAAACACUACUGUCAAAUGUGCAGUAACCUUAAAUCACAUGCAGUUGGACAAUAACAAUGCAAAACACGUGUACUCUGACACAAACAUGUGCGUACUAAUCAGUCCACUCAAAACAGUGAGUUUAACGUGGUUGGUUUCUGUUACAAUGUGCGCUAAAAGACUCACUUGGCGCUGCUGUUGCUAGUAUCUAUUUUAUGAUACAACAGUGUUAGUAGUAUUUUACUUGUCUAAAAAAGGAUUCAUGGUUGUCAACAUUUUCCUGAUACAAUCUAAAUUAUUUGUGCCCUCUAAACAAUGCAUGUGACUUUGCUCAAACAGCCCAAAAAAAAAUCACAUAAAAAUGUUUUGUUUUUUUGUCGCACUUCUAUGAAGAAAAAGCAUGAUACUGUUUGUAUUGCUAUUUUCCCCAUUAGCACAAAAAAAUUAUAAAAAUGUAUUUUACUGAAUUGUAUUACAUGCCAUGUUUUCUAAGAUACUGUACUUUAAUGAAGAGGUUUGAUAGCUGUAUUUUUGAUGGCCUUGUUUUGUGUGAAUGAAAUGACUUUUCCUCGAGUAUAACAACGCACUAUUUUGGUCUAGUGACGCCUGAAUUAGUUGAUUUCCUGUUAUUAUUAUUCAUAUUUUACAUAUAAGGGGUUGAAUGAUUGUUUACUGUGAUAAAACAUUUCAGUUGUAACUGAAUAUUUUGACUCCAAGGACAGUUAGGAGGUAAGAUUUUUUAGUUCUUACAUUUCCUCUCUUGUCUAAAUCUUACACGUUGGUCUUUUGUUCAAUCCCUUACUUGAAAAGCAAAAUGUGUCCGCUGAAAGCAAACGAUUGAGUCUGCUGUCACGUGCCUGUAAUCAGACAGUAUUUUUCUGCAGUACUUUUCGACUGAGAAUUACUGUCAAUAUCAGUAAUUCUCAAUUGCGUUUGAUGCCAAUUUCACCAGGCUUCCUUAUUAAUUUAUUAACAUUUACCAGGAGGAAUGCUUUCUGUCUUUCUAUUAGUCAUACUCUCAUCUCUUUCAGUGUUUCUUUGUAGGUACGGAUAUACACUAGUAUGUACAGAAUGCAUUUCUUUUGUGUCUUCUAGAGGCUUCUGAACUGUUCUCACAUCACACUCCUUUGCCUUAGUACUGUACUUAGAGCCAUACGCACUUAGAUAUCACCCUGCUUCUGCUCAGUGUUUGAGAUUAAACACUAACGCUGUUCAACUUUAGUCAGAUUAAUUUGUGUAUGACCGACUGAAGCUCCCACCCUCGUCUCUCACUCAGGAACUUUUUUACCGAUUUACACCUGACUGUAAGGUUUGUUAUACCCUGAGUAGAGCUUUUGCUUUAUUUCAUAGGUUUGUAGAAUAUCAUAAACAACUUCUCUCUUUCUCUCUAAGCCUUUGACUGAAAUGUUUUGUAACAAGAAAGGGAAAAGAACGAACUCUGCUGGUCGUUUCUACACUAAGAGUUUUGUAGUGACAUGAAAAAAAUGCUUGUUUGCAAACUGCUUUUGUUGCCCACGUUAAUAAAUUUUCAAAAUAUUGUGCCAUU